UUACGUUGGUGGGCACUGCAACGACACAUGCGGGACUGGAUCCAAUAGAAAGCUUUAUCCGGUCUGUACGACACUACUUUCUAGCAACCGGGCGCAGUUGAUACGACACAACACGGAACUUUUAAGUACGGGGAAGUGCCUGAAGAUGACAACAUGUGCCAUGCCUAUCUUGGAGAGCAGUUAAACGCGGAAGAAAGUGAAAACAACGCAGUUCUUUUGCAAAAAUCUGUGGCUUGCUUGUCUAUUCAACAAAGUGAGUCGAAGAGUAUUUCAAUUAUAGUGUGAGUUAUGGCGAAUAGUAUGCGUAUUGGAGUUUCAUGGUUCGUUAUAAUUGUUACUUUAACAGCUUUGAAAUCUUUCAAAACCGAAGACGAUGCUGUUCUCGCUGAACCAGGAGAUGGAGCCGUGUUGACGCCUUCAAGGGGGAGGGGUGGUGGGAUUCGAGCGAGAAUUGAAAGGAUCAACGCUAGAAGACAAGAACGGGAACAGGCACGGAAGGCGAGAAAAGAAGUUUGUUAUGAUGAUGUUGGAUGUUUCACAGUACCAAGAAAGAUUUCGCCACUUAAGAAGUUCCCUGAAUCACCAGAAACUGUUGGCACAACAUUUAUGCUUUUCACUCGACAAAAUGGGACCAUCAUAAACCAUGCGGCAACAUUAAAUACUGAUGAUGUUCAGAUUAUUUCCAGUGGAGAAGGACAACGGUCCAUACUAUACUCAAAUUUUGACACUCAGCGACCUGUCAAAAUAAUCAUUCAUGGGUUUAGGGGUAGUGGUAAAGACAGAGGGGCUCUUUUCGGUGUGGACGCAUUCCUAAAUAUGGGUGAUGUGAAUGUGAUAGCAGUAGACUGGGAGAAAGGUGCCUCUGGACCUUCUUACUCCCAGGCAGUGGCGAACACAGAACUGGUGGGGAGACAGACAGGCUUGCUUCUUAUUGAUAUGAUGACCUUAGGGGUGAGACCCUCUGAUAUCCAUAUUGUUGGCUUCAGCCUUGGAGCCCACAUAGCAGCUUGUGCAUCCCACAUUUUACUUACCCGCUUGCAAGUGAAAGUUGGCAGGAUUACUGGUUUGGAUCCAGCAUCUCCCAUUUUCAGAUCCAAAUUCGUUGUGGAACCCGAACGCAAACUUGACAAAAAUGAUGCAGAAUUUGUAGAUGUAAUUCAUACUGAUGGGAGCCCAUUCUGGACUGAUGGAUUUGGGUUGCUUCAACCACUUGGUCAUGUUGACUUUUUUCCUAAUGGUGGGCGAGAACAACCAGGAUGCAGUGAUGGAAGAGCUUCUGUUGUGGUCAGCCAUUUUGAAGGAUCUCUGGAUAUUGAUAUAGCUUGCAGUCAUGUACGGGCAUGGAGAUUCUUUGUAGAGAGUCUCAGCCAACGACCUGGAGGUUGUCAAUUUAUGGCAUACCCAUGUCAUGGUGGACUACCAAGCUUUCUGCAAGGGAACUGCUAUUCCACCUUACAGAAAUGUGCAAGAGAAAAUGGGCCUUCUGCAGAGCCAUGUGGGAUGAUGGGUAUCAAUGCAGAUAAGUCAAGAGGAAGAGGAGCUUUAUAUUUGGUCACAAGAGAUUCCAGCCCUUUCUGUGGUGACCAACUCCGUGCUACUGUGAUGGUUUCAGAGAAGACUCAAAAUACUCGAGGAAUUCUUCACAUGGUGUUGACUCACGGAAACACUUCUACAAAUUUCAGGAUACACUGCGAGUACAGGUUCUUGGAUGUGGUACGAGGGGGUCGCAAGAUGUUGGGUUUGGCAGCUGCAGAGUAUGGAACACUUAAACCUGACAUCACUCCAACAGUGCAGGCAACACUCGGCUACCAGUCUCUUAGCUUCCAAGCCAUAACUACCACAGCACCAAACACAGAGCAAGAUGAUGUAACUCCUAUCUCUCCAAAAAUAUAUCUGGACCAAGUGUCAAUUGCAGAUGCUUAUGGAAACAGCUGGAAUUACUGUGGAAAGGACACACUUCUUGAAGACAAGAAUCUCACUUACAUUGAUGAAGUCACCAUCACCUUAAAAAUGUCUUCAUGUUCUCCAUAAUGUCAUUGCUUCCAUUAAAUAAUAUCUUUUUAAAACUGAUAAUAUUAUGCCUCCUACUCUGAACAACACUUCCUUGACUACUACUAUUACUGUUAUAAUACAUCUUGUGAACUGGCUGCCGUUUUGUAUGGGACAUAAAAAGGGCACAUGACACAUUUAAGCAAUAUAACACUGGUAUCUUAUACAAGUCAAAAUAAACAUAUAAUAGUGUGGAAGUAGAGACAGAUUAAAUUAUGUGGUUUAAAGGAGACACACUGAAAAUGCAUUAAUGAUUACAAUAAACAUAAUGGUAGUAACAAUGUUAUUCAUUAAAUCCUUUUGCACAGAGUUAUUCAUUUUUCACUCUGUUUCUUUCCAUCUCUUGUCUGGUUACUAAGCCAUCAAGCAAUCUGAAUGCAGUUGGCCCCAACAGAUGAGUCCACCACUGUUCAAUGCUCAGGAACCACUGAGUUUUGAAAGUGGUCACUGUGAUGCUCUAAGCAGGUAAAUUAUGUAAAGUUGAUCAUCUAUAGUAUUUUUUUAAUGAAUGGUAGUGGAUAAAAGCUUGAUUGACUGACUGAUAGAUAGAUAUAAAGAUUCUUAGAGUGAUAGGCAGAGUUGGACAGAUAGAUAGAUGACCAUAUUUUCAAGUCACGAACAGAAGAAAAUCCAGUUUCACAUAAAUAUAAUGUCACAGAAGAAGCAAUACCUCCAUUGCUUUGUAUGAUAAAAUUAGAUGGUCAUUUUCACAAGCAACAUUAAAUUUCUAGGUUUAAUAAUAGUUGAUACAUUGACUUGGAAUUUGCACACAGAUAAGCUUAUGAAGGGAUUAACCAGAGUGUGUUAUAUUAUUAGAGCAGUUAAACCCUAUAUGUCCUCUAUUUCAUUAACAAUGAUCUAUUAUUUUUAUUUCAUUCUGUUUUAGCUUAUGGUAUUUAUUUUGGGGUUUAUCAUCUAGCAGCGAUAAACUCCUUAAGCUGCAAAAAAGAGUUGUACGUAUAAUGACAGGUCAUGGAAAUAGGACUUCAUGUAGGGCUCUUUUUAAAAAAUUGGAAAUAUUGCCACUGAAAUCACAAUAUAUUUUUUCUAUUCUAUUAUUUGUUGUAAAGAAUAAAAAACUUUUUAUUACAA